AUGCGGCCCCGGUUCUAUCGGCUUUUACCUCUGCAGUCGCGACUGCUCGCAUACCUCGUCGCUACCGGCGCUUGUAUCGCGCUAUGGACGCCUUUCUUACCUCUCGCGUAUGCUGCCGAAGUUCUCGCGACGCCCGAUCAUGACGCCCUUGAUAGCCUCGCGCUGCACGGCUUUACCAGCGGAGAUAUACCACACAUUGGAGAUGAGGGACUCGAUCGAGGAGAGAGCGAUGGCUACGAGCCGGAGUUCAGCUAUCUCGACCGAAGCCUGAUUGGACGGCAGACAGAAGCGCCGGAACCGCUGAAGAAUAAUGAGAAGACGGAAAAGGACAUCGAUCCCGAAACGACGUUACACUUCGUCUUUGAGAAGGGUCAAUUGCGCCUGAGAAGUGUGCUUGAUGUUCCCUUGGAUGCUCUGGAAGCACGGGGAACAGACAAUGGCUCUGACGAAGCUGGCUUGGAAGAUGCGACAGUACCUGGAAAGGAGGGCGACAUUGGUGACGAUGAUAUGGGAGAGUUGGCAAAGCGACAGACUGACAGUAGUCGCGUCUGGCUCACGGCCAACACCUGCCGGCAACCUAUGCCGAACGGAGACGCGAAGGAGGCAAGGAAAAACCACCCGCAGCUGGUCAUGUACGUCUCUACAUCGCCGCGCAACAAGCAACCAGGCCCGGAUGCGACGCAAGACACCCUCACCAACAUCACGGGCGUGCUCUUCGAUGGAGGCUACGCAAGCUUCGAGCUCAACACCACUUCGGAUGUGUACAUCGGUAUUGGGGCGCCAAAACUGGAGGAGGACUGGUUUGGUAGCUGGCAUUUUGAACUCGCCGCAAGCACAGACGGACCGUACCAUAGCUACGACGACGCUACACCUUUCCUCUACAUGAUCGACACGGACAGCGAGUCCACCCUCUUCAUAUCACAAAACUUGAGCAGUUCGAACGACACAGCGGAGGUCGAUAGAUGGAGGGCGCAAAACCCCUUCCAUAUGUACGCCUUUCCGGACGGCGAAUGGACUCCAGUUACGGGCUUGGAACGCUCUUACUGUGCGCUUAAGGAGCAGUUCAAUGUCAACGCGACAAGGAACUUCACCAUCGACACGAGCAUCACCACCAAGUUCAAUAAGAUUGGCGGUGACGACAACAUGCCCAAGAGCCAAUUCCAUGUCAGGAACCUGCAGAGUGCGAAGACAUACAACGGAUUCGUGGUCAUUGAGGGGAGUCAACAGCCACUCACGAUUCCUGGCACGGGCACGACGAGAGGCGGAGGCAGGGUCUUUCAGGCUUUCAACUGGACUACCAAGGCUGAUGACUCCUGCCAAGUCCUCUUCGACCUCGAAUUCUGCGACAUGGUCGCCUACGCCGUCCCCUCCAACACCAAAUUCAAGCUCAACGACUCCGCUCUCGCCGAAAUCUACGAGAACCAAGCUCGCACAUACUACGACAAUUUCAACAAGUCCCUGGCGCAGGUUGCUUGCGACACAGUCUCCGAAGCCCAAUAUUCCCUCGCCGUCACCUGCGAAGACUGCGCAAAGACAUACAAAAACUGGCUCUGCAUGGUCCUCAUGCCCCGCUGCGAAGACUGGACUGCUACAGACCCGUCUCUCGUCCCAAGGAAUAUUAAGACGCCUUUUGCCAACGGCUCGCUGCCCGAGAUGAUACCGGGGUUUAACGAUAGCGCUGCGUUUACCCAGUCGAGAAAUCCGAAGAUCGAUAGUGAGAUCGAGCCGGCCGUGUGA